AUCCAGGAAAAACAACGGAACAUCUCAGUCCAGAAAAGCGCAGCACUGGGAACAGCAAAGAUACUGCGCAGAACUCUCAAGCUCCCAGGACCUGGUAGACGACCCGAGCUGAAUGAGGGUGAGAGACCAACCACCGUAGAAGUAAAACGAGAGUUCCUGUUGUGGUGGUUCAUUCCUCCUCACUGCAUCAUGGCGUCUGGGUGUUUGUCCGAGGACCUGACCUGCUCCAUCUGCCUGAGUCUGUUCACGGAGCCGGUCGUGCUGCCCUGUGGACACUCGUUCUGUCGGGACUGUAUCACCAUGUCUCUGGACAAACACUCCCACUGUCCACAGUGUCGCUCACCCGUGGACACAAAGACAAAAACCCUCAGCUCCAACCACGUGCUCAAGGGUCUGGUGGAGAGAGUCAAAGAGACGACCAAGCAGAAGCAAGAGUACCUCAAGGACAAGGAGAGAGCUGAGUUCCUGUGCCCGGAACACGACGAGAAGAUGAAGUUGUUCUGCAUCACAGACCAACAGCUGAUCUGUGUGAUCUGCAGAGAUUCUCACAAACACGAGAGACACACCUUCAAACCUGUGAGUGAAGCUGCUGCACUGGUGAAGAGCCAGCUGCAGGGUCUGGCCAAAAACAUCUGUGAAGACACCAAAGCUCUGGAAACACUGGUCAAGAGUCAACAAAAAGAAAUCCAGACGACCAAGCAGCGCUCCAAACAACUUCAGACACUCAUCAGCUCCAGCUUUGAGAACAUGUACACGUUUCUGCAGAAGAGAAAGAAGGAGCUCAAGGAGAAGGUGACGCAUCAGGAGGAGGAAGCUCUGCAGAAGAUGACCGAGCGUUUGGGUGAAGUAAAAGCAGCUAAAGCUGAGAAUCAAAAGCUCCAGAAAACAGUGACCACAGCAAUAAAGAUCACAGAUCCUGAAGGUUUUCUGAAGAUGUGGUCUGGACAGAGUGAAGCCAAAGCAGCUCAAGGCUCCUUCAGGCACAAAAGUGGAAACUUCUAUGUGGAGGAGAGAGAGGUGUCCCUGGGCCCGUACGAGAGCCACCUGCAGGUGUUUGUGUGGAAGGAGAUGGUUCAGGUGCUGCAGCCUCGAGAAGAACAUCUGUCUCUAAAAUCUGACCAAACCAGUCUGUCUGUGUCUCAGGACAAGAGCGCAGCUGUAUUCCAUCAAACUAAGUAUACAAAUGCUACAUCUUACUACUCAGGGUAUAAUAGAGGUUAUGGAAGCCGAAACUCCUCUGCCCAACUCCACCCAGAGCACCAACACGUUUGCUGGGCAGCAUUACUGGGAGGUUUAUGUUGGAGCACAGAACAUGUGGGAGCUGGGAGUGUCUGAAAAGUACUUAAAGUACAAUUCUGAUUACUGUCAGAUCCACUCGUCAGGCUGCAACACUUCUCUAAAUAUUCAGGACAAACCUAAGAAAGUGGGACUUUACCUGGACUGUCCCCGAAGAGAGUUGUCCUUCUACAACGCCGACACCAUGAAGCUCCUGCACACUGAGAGAUUAACCUCCACUAAGUUCCCCGUGUCCGCGCACUUCGGUUUGGGAAACACACUCGACAGUCCUCUGGUGGUGUGCACAUACGGAGCUCAGAGUAAACCUCUGCGAGAUGGAGCGGAAUGAUUCUGUGUGUUGAGAUGUUUGUUUGUUUGUUUGUUUGAGAUUUUCAUUUAUGUUUUUUGUGGGUUUUUGUUUCUUGGAGAAGUUUGACCUUAAAUCUCUGUCAGUUUUUAACCUCGUUAUAUUUGAAUCUCGUUGGUGCAGCAGGAGUUUAUCUUUGUGUCUCUGUUGUAUCUGUGAGCACUUCUGGUCUCAUGUUCUGAUGAUGAUGAUGAUGAUGAUGAUUCUGUGUCUGAAGUUUUUCUGCAAAUAAAUGUAAAUCAAAAAUCUUCA